AUGAAAAAAAAUGCCAGAAAGGAAUUAUCACAAGAAAAAAAAGAACGCCGCUGUACUGGUGGAGGGCCACCACCACCCAAACCUUCCGAUACCAGUGAAUGGCUGUGCAGCAUAAUGGGUGAAUCAAUAGUGGGUCUUCCAUCCACACAUGAUUCAGAUUUCAUUUUUGAUAAUAAUACUCCACAGUUGAAUGGUGAAGCAGCUCAACCAAGUGUUGCUCUUUCAAAUAUUGAGGAGGAAAUGUCUAUGGUGUCGUAUACAGAUGGACACAAUGACGGAGUUAUCCAUGAUGUUGCUCAUAUUGUGCCAAUUCAUGAUGUUCAAGAAAAUGAAGAGACUCGGGAGACUGUGAAAUUUGACACGAGCACACCACAUACAAUGCUGCGAAAACCUCUUUCUAAACCAUUAGAAUCAUCUUAUAGGAAAAGAAAAUUGAAUUUUACUCCUCUCGAGACAAGAAAAAAAAUCAUUACAGUAGCUCACGAAAAAGAACUCUACUUAAAGAAGAAAGGAGUGAGAGAUGAAAAAAUAUUGGAGUUUGCUGAGGAGGAGCACAACAAAAAUAUGCAGCAUAAGGAAGAAAUGCAUGCAUUAGAAAUAGCAUUUAAAAAUAAAUUGCAUAAUCUCCUUCUAAAAAAAGCUGCAAUAGAAGUAGAGAUUGAGGACUAA